AUGCCAGUGCAGUCAAGAAAUUAUAAUCUCAGACCUUUUAAAGAGGCACCUUUAUCCACCAGUUCUCUUAAACCUAUUGAACUUGAGUCAAUAGAUCUUUCGUUGUACAAAGAUGGUCCUGAAAAUCUAGCUUCAAGGAAAGUACUUGCUCACAAGAUUGAAAAAUCACUCUCUACGUAUGGGUUCAUUUCCGUUAUCAACCAUGGUUUUGCUGCGGAAAAAUUGGAGUUAUUGAAAUCCGUCGCACAAUCGUUGCUCGAGUUACCUUUGGAAGAACAAAAAAAGUACUUGGCCGGCGCAUUAAAAUCUGAUCUAGAAGAUAGAACUAAAUCGAUAGGUGCUGAGCGUGCAUCUGGAUUUAAACCAAAAGGUUAUUGGUCUAUGAGGAAUGGUGUUGUUGACUCCAUCACUCAUUUCAAUUUCAAUUACAUGAACCAUUCGAGGUUCUUUGAUGAAAAAGAAAAUAAUUACCCAGAUAUUGUUAAGGAGUAUUUGACUGAAAUUGCAGAAUACUAUAGGUUUUUGCACCAGGAUACUUUGAGAAAAAUCUGUAACUUGUCUGAUAUUGUAUUGGAGCUACCGGAAGGUUUCAUCUAUGAUAAGUUUUAUUCUGUAACAGAAGGAGAAUUGGAAAACUCUGGUGGUGGGGCUGGACGUUUUAUGCUUUAUGAUGCAAUGGAUUCUGAAGACCAGAAGAAAGUGGAUGGGACAUGGUUAAGAGGUCAUUCCGAUAGUGGUGGGUUUACCUUUAUAACAUCGCAACCUAUUCUAUCGUUACAAAUACGCGAUUACUAUACCGGCAAGUGGAACUUUGUAGGCCACACUCCCAAUGGUUUGAUUGUUAAUAUUGGUGAUGCGAUGGAAUUCAUCACAGGUGGGUUCUUCAAAUCAUCCAUUCAUAGAGUCGUCAACCCACCAGAUGACCAAGCUGGGUUCAGACGAUUGGUAUUAAUAUACUUUUGCAAACCAAAAGGUGAUGCAAUCUUGGAUCCGACUGCAUUGAACUCUUCAAAGCUCCAAAGAUUGGGAUAUGUCAAACCCAAGGAAUGGGAGAUAAUUGAUUUUAAAGCUUGGAACAACGAAAAGUCUCGUUUGUUUGGCAAGUCAAAAGUCAAUGAUACACAAAGUGAAGAGCCCAAAUUGGUAUUAUUGUAUGGACGAUUGCACGAACGUUGGCACCAGGCAGAAUCAAAUUUUAGUUUGGAAGAGGCUGAGAAGAGGUUUGAAAUUCUUAAGAUUGAUGUUUAA